UCCCUGGUGACUCACUCUGGGCCUGCUGGCAGAUGGGGAUGCAGCAGCAAUGGGAGCUGGGCCAGGCCCUGCGGAGCCGCUACCAUGGGUUCCUGAAUGCCUCAUACCAACGGCAGGAGAUCUUCAUUCGUAGCACAGAUUAUGACCGGACCCUGAUGAGCGCAGAAGCCAACCUGGCGGGCCUCUACCCCCCAGAAGGACUGCAAGUGUUCAACCCAAACAUUUCCUGGCAGCCAAUCCCUGUACACACAGUGCCCGACUCUGGGGAAAGGCUGCUGAAGUUCCCAUUGUCCCCCUGCCCACGGUAUGAGCAGCUGCAGAAUGAAACCCGGCAGUCAGCAGAGUACAUGAAUAAAACCAGGCAGAAUUUGCGGUUCCUGAAGAUGGUGGCAAAUGAGACAGGAAUCCGGGAUGUAACCCUCGAGUCUGUCUGGAGUGUAUAUGACACACUUUUUUGUGAGCAAGCACAUAAGAUGAUGCUACCACCAUGGGUGACAUCAGAGGUUAUGGUUCAGCUGAAACAACUAAAAGACUUUGGCUUUGAAUACCUGUUUGGGAUCCAGGAUCGAGUGGAGAAAGCUCGUCUGCAAGGCGGGGUCCUGCUAGCUCAGAUUAGGAAAAACUUGACUUUAGCAACAAAUACCUCCGCACCUCGGCACCUGAAACUGCUUGCCUACUCAGCGCAUGACACCACACUCGUGGCACUGCAGAUGGCUCUGGAUGUGUACAACAGGGUGCAAGCACCAUAUGCCUCAUGUCACAUAUUUGAGCUGUACGAGGAGGAUGAUGGCAACUUUUCUGUAGAGAUGUUUUUCCGGAAUGAAAGUGGGAAGGAGCCUUUCCCUCUGACGCUGCCUGGCUGCCCACAGCGCUGCCCCCUGGGGGAUUUUCUGCGACUCACAGACCCAGUCAUUCCCCAAGACUGGGAGCAGGAAUGCCAGAUAGCAAGCAAUGUCCAGGACACAAAACUGAUUGUGGCUCUAGCUGUCUGUGGAUCCAUCCUCUUCCUCCUGAUAAUCCUCUUGCUGACUGUCCUCUUCCGCAUGCAGUCACAGCCUCCUGGCUACCGGCAUGUUUCCAAUGAGGGAGAAGAGCAGGCAUGACAGUCACUCCAACCUCUCCUCAUGCAGCAGGAGGGAGCAGUGCUGUUCCCAAGGAUGAGUGGAUGUCCUUCAGUGAUUGAGCAUUCUUCAGCUCUGACCAUUGCUCCCCAGACUGAAGCUGGGCUUUGACAAGACUUUGACAGAACCUGGCUGCUCCUAAAACUAAACAUGAUGUUUGCAGAAGGUGAAGUGCCACAGGUGGGCUGACUUCAAAGAAAUAAAAUAUCCUCUCCCGAACGUGGUGUGCUAUAUGGAAUCCCCAAUUCCAAUUCAGUACCACCACUCAAGGACUCCCCUUCUACCCAGUUUGGCCAGCCAGGGCAUUGCAUCUCAGGAAGACUUUUUCCUUCUAAUGAUUGUAAACUUUACCACUCACCCAGACUGCAACAAAGGAGCCGGAUCUCUCCAAAAAGCUGUGAUCUCCUGCUCAGUCAGGAACUGCCUUGUUCUUUUAGGUCAAUUUUUGUGUAUAUUGUAAUCAGCCUAGUGGCUCAAGGCAAUGGAAAGGCUGGGCCUGGGCCAGAGCCCCAGCUGGUUAGGGACUGAAUCCUCACCUGCUCUCUAGGCACUCUGAGCUGCUGGAGAUCACAGGCAAAUUAGGAAUACUUGAUUAAAUCAUUCCUGUCUUUGCUACUUGAUUGGUGCUAGCAUCUGGUCACUUUCCCCCUCCCUUAUUCUAUAUCAAGAGUGAAAAACCAGCCUUAAGUCAGGGCAGGCCUGUAAACCUGACAUUGGGUCCAAAGUUCAUUGCCAGGGUAGGCUGGACAUGUCCAAACUUGACAGAGGCUUUGCCAGGUGAAUUAACCUGUGAUGCCCAAUUUGGGAUCUUUCCAAGCUGUCACACACCCAGCCCUGUUGUGCAAUGUUACACAAAGGAGAAAGUGCCCUGCCUGUUCCCUGGGCCAGGAGCUUUGAUUACCUUCAUAAUGCUGUCCUGCAGAGCUACAGUUGCUUGUGGUUAUGAAAUUAUUAAGCCCUUUUUAAAGCUACAGCCUUUGAGCUGACUGCUCUAGAUUCCUCUGGGUAUGUAUAGCUACAGCCUCUUUAGGAGGAACUGGCAAUACUCCCUGUACCACACUGUGGGCAGAGGUUGGCUAUAGGCCCAAAGAAUGUGCAUUGCAGGCAGAAAGUAUUACGCAGCACUCUAAGGCCACGUAGCAGAAAAGUCUGCUUCCAAAAUCAGAAUGGACACCACCUCCACCAGUUUUCUCCCCAUUGCUGAGGCUGUUGUUCAUGUGCCAGGGUUUGGAUCUUCUUUCAGAAGGGAUGCUAAAGAGUGAGCAUAUCUCUGCUACUUGGGUGGAAGCAGCAAGCAUCUUUGAAUGCUGCAGUGGGCGCUGGGAAUAUUAUACUAAGCCCUUGUCACCUUGCCUGCCACUUCCUAUUCUGUGGUUUCUGGCAAAGGAUGAGAGGCUGCAGCAGGCACCAGAGGCACUGGCUUUUUACAUGGUGAUGCUGCACAUUCACUUCCCAGUUUUAGUUCCCUUUCUGGUCCAGUUCUCUUCCCUUCUUGGCGACAGAGGCCAGUACUCCGAUUACAGGCGCUUCCUUUUCUUCCCCUACUGUGGAUCAUGGGGCUUUUUCCCUCAGCAUAACAGGCUGUUGCCAGCAUGGGAACUCUCUCAGCAGAAGCUGUCUGCUGCUCUCAGCAACUCCCUCACCUAUUUCUCGCCUUAUUAGGGAUGUAAACAUAGGUCACCUGCCAGUCAAGACAGUGACAAAGAACAAGCAGCUGCUCACAGGAACAGGCACGAGGAAGAGAGGUAAAAGGAAGUGCAUUAGAGGCAGCCAAGCCUAUUUUUUUAAUCCAAAAGAUUUUGCACAAAUGAAAGAGAGGUUUCUAUAGUGAUUAAGACUUUGUGAAUGAGUUUCUGUAAUUCUAUUCUGUUAUUUCCACCCCUCCUCUUGUGCAUUAAAAUCAAUCUGGGACUC